AUUCAUGAAAUUCCAAAUUUAUUUUAUUUUGAUUUUGUUAUAAAAUUCCGUUUGAACUAUGCGUAGAAAACGAAGAAUUUUUUGGGGUCCUCUACUAAACAUAUUAUUUAUUUCGUGAUUUAAUUUGCUGGAAAUUGCAGUUAUUUGUUGUUUAGGGUUUCUUUAAUAGGCGGCUAAUACGGGUAUUGAUUUUUGAAUUCCAGUGAAAUUACUUGUUGGAUUUAAUAAUCAAAUUAUUGGUGCUGUGGUUGGAUGGCAAGCUUUGAGGGUAGGAUUUCGUAUUCUUCUCUUUCAGAGGUGGAAAAGGAGAAUAAUAUUAAUAAUGCGUAUCAAUUUGUUGAUGAUGAUUAUAUCGAUCCUGUUUGGACUGUGCCAGAAGAUAAAACUAUAAUCUCAUCAGCAUCCAAGUCGAUAAAAAAAGAUAAUAUUUAUCAGUUUCCGGCUGAUUCCGAUGAGUUCAUCGAUGGAGGAAAUGAUUCCAGUGAUGAUGUAUCUAUGUCAAUGCCAAAUGGCUUGGAACCAGAGGUGAACUUAAAGAAUGUGUUGAACGGGUUAAUUGCAAUCGUAACUGGGAGUAAUAAAAGCGCCUCGAAUGUUUCUGCGGAUCAGCAGUGCCAAAGUUCUAACGUUUCAUUUCUGGGGUCUGGAAACAAUGUGGAUACCUGUUUGCAGUCCUCUGUUUAUAAACCGAGCGCCCCGCCACUUUUGGAACCAAGUGGGAUAAAUUAUAAUGCCUAUAAGGAGGUUUUGGAAGCUGAACCUCCGGAGUGGCUUCCAGAUAGUUCUAGCACAGUUUGCAUGCAGUGCAGUGCUCCCUUUACAGCAAUUACACGUGGAAGACAUCACUGCCGGUUUUGUGGAGGGAUUUUCUGUAGAGCAUGUUCUAAGGGGAGGUGCUUGCUACCUGUUAAAUUUAGGGAUAGAAAUCCCCAGAAGGUGUGUGAUUCUUGCUAUGAGAGGCUUGAUCCGUUACAGGGUGUUCUUAUAAACUCUAUUAGCAAUGCUUCACAAGUAGCAAAACACGACGUCAUGGAUUGGACCUGUACUCGAGGUUGGUUGAACUUGCCGGUUGGUUUGUCCAUGGAACAUGAGAUCUACAAAGCAUCAAAUACCUUGAGAAGUUAUUGCCAGGUUGCUAGGUUGAAUCCUGAGAAAUCUAUACCACUGACAGUUCUGAGAGGAGCCAAAGGGUUGGCUAUUUUAACUGUUGUUAAAGCUGGAGUUCUUUUGGCAUACAAACUUGGGACUGGUCUUGUUAUUGCUCGAAGGUCCAAUGGAACAUGGUCUGCCCCAUCAGCUAUAUUCUCUAUUGGUUUAGGAUGGGGUGCUCAGAUUGGGGGUGAGCUCAUGGAUUUCAUAAUUGUGCUUCAUGACACAAAAGCCGUGAAGACAUUUUGUAGUCGAAUGCAUUUUUCUCUUGGUGCUGGCUGCAGUGCUGCAGCAGGACCUGUGGGGAGAGUGGUGGAAGCAGAUCUUCGGGCAGGGGAUAGAGGCAUCGGCAUGUGUUACACGUACAGUUGCAGCAAAGGGGCAUUUGUCGGUGUGUCAUUGGAAGGGAACAUUGUUACGACAAGGAUGGAUACCAACCUACGGUUCUAUGGCGAUCCUUAUCUCACCACUGCUGACAUAUUACUCGGGACCAUAAGCAGGCCGAAGGCUGCUGAGCCCUUGUAUGUUGCUCUGGAUGACCUCUACUCCAGCCUAAGAUGAUAGGUUCGGCACCAUUUGGAUACAUACAAGUAACUCGACUAACAUGGAGCAGUGCCUGCCUUGGAUGAUGGUUGAGUUGACUGAACACCAUGUAGCUACCUUCCAUAGUUAUAUGCACGUGGAUGAAGGAACAUGUAUAGUUUCAAAGGACAAAUAACUUUUAAAAGCCAAAUUUCACACUGUAUCAAAUAUACAUAAAACAUUUGUGAAACAAACCAGAUAAAUUACCUUGUAAAUGUCUCAAAUUAGUUUGAA